AUGUCGUCCGCCGCCCCGCCGUCUUGCAAGGUCGUGCUGGCCAAAAACAUCGCCAAUGGCUUGCUUGCAGAAGUCCAGGAAGGGUUAAAGACACUGGACAAGAAACCGCAUCUGGUUGGGUUUUUGGCGAAUGACGAUCCUGCUGCGCGCAUGUAUGCGGACUGGACGGAGAAGACGUGUCUUGAGAAUGGCUACCGCUACUCGCGCCGCGACGUCUCCAAAGACGACAUCGAAGAAGCCAUUCUCGCCGCCAACACCGACUCGGACGUCGACGGCAUCAUCGUAUACUACCCAAUCUUCAACACCCGUCAAGACCAGUACCUGCAGCAAAUCGUCGACAUAUCCAAGGACGUGGAAGGUCUGAGCCACCGCUACGUCUUUAACAUGUACCAAAACAUUCGCUUUCUCGACGAAGCCUCACAAACCCAGAAAUCCAUUCUGCCGUGUACGCCGCUCGCGAUUGUCAAGAUUCUGGAGUACUUGCAGAUUUACAACACCAUUCUGCCGUUUGGGGACAGAUUGCAUGGGCAUACCAUCUGUGUUGUUAACAGGUCUGAGGUGGUCGGUAGGCCGCUCGCUGCGCUACUAGCAAAUGACGGCGCAUGCGUCUACAGCGUCGAUGUCACGGGCGUCCAAAAGUUUACGCGCGGCGAAGGGCUGAAAAAACGCAGACACGAGGUUGAAGACAUGCACGACUGGACCAUCAAGGAUGCGGCUCCGUUGUGUGACGUUGUGAUUUCCGGUGUCCCCGGGGAUUCGUACAAGUUUGAUACCAGUUUGUUGAGGGGCGGCGCAGUGUGUAUCAAUUUCUCGAGUGAGAAGAAUUUUGCGCCGGCUGUCAAGGAUAAAGCGUCGAUUUAUGUGCCGUCUAUUGGAAAGGUUACGAUUGUGGUGCUUUUGCGGAACUUGCUGAGGAUCAUCCAGAACCGGACAGCAAAUGGUGCAAAGCCUGCCAGUGCUGUUGAAAAGCCUGGCACUCUCGAGGCUGCUUAA